CUGCACACUCCCCUCUACUUGGGCUGAAGGGAGAUGAUGAUUCAGUUCAAUUCAGUUGGACUAUGAUUGGUGAUAAGCGUUGGUGGGCCAGAGAUAGUGUAUCUUCCCCGAGCCGGAAUCAGUGGUGCAUGUAUAGCCUCCCCGGCCUGACAUUAAAGACACGUGCUCAUUCCCGAGCCCUCCAGAAGACUCAUUGAUCGUUUCUCGAGGGUGUUAUCGAGUGUCAGCUGAUCAAUUAUGGCCAUGGAGGCUGUGGAGAGUCCCGCAGACAAAAUAAAACACGUGAAAACGGGAAUCAUCGACUUUGUUGCCGGUUCCCUUGGUGGAAUUGCCCUCGUUUAUGUCGGACAGCCCCUCGACACAGUCAAAGUCAAGAUGCAGACAUUUCCAGAUCUGUACAAAGGGAUGGCAGACUGUUUUCUCAAGACUUUCAGACAGGAUGGAAUAGCCAGGGGUCUCUACGCUGGCACUGCCCCCGCAGUUGUAGCUAAUGUCGCUGAGAAUUCAGUUCUCUUCGCUGCUUACGGGGCAUGUCAGAGUGCCAUUGCACAUUUAACAGGGAAACAAAAAGUUGAGGAGCUCAAUGCAUUUGGAAACGCGAGUGCAGGAUUCUUUGCAGCUUUUUUUUCGUCAUUGACAUUGUGCCCAACAGAACUCAUCAAAUGUCGGCUGCAAGCUAUGAGAGAAGUCCAGUCGCUAGAGUUGAAUGCUGGCAAGAAAAUUAAACGAAUAGGGCCAUGGCGUCUGACAAGGGACAUAGUUCGCCAGAAUGGCUUCACUGGAUUAUUCCGGGGGCUGUCUUCAACGAUAGCCCGAGAGAUGCCGGGAUACUUCUUCUUCUUCGGUGGAUAUGAGGCGACCAGGGAACUAUUGGCGAAACCGGGUCAGAGUCGAGAGGACAUUGGAUGGCAGAAGACUAUGAUAGCUGGUGCAGUUGGUGGUACUGUACUGUGGCUCGUCAUUUUCCCUGCUGAUGUUGUGAAGAGUCGAAUACAGGUUCAAAAUUUAUCAGAACCAGCAUUAGUCAUCAUGAAAGACAUCGUGAGAAAAGAGGGAGCAGGUGCUCUCUACAAUGGAUUGAAGCCAACUCUCAUAAGGACGAUACCAGCCACUGCCACCCUCUUCGUGACAUACGAGUACUCGAGGAAGCACUUGCAGUCACUCCUGGGUGUCUGACCCGAUUGAAUAAUUAGUUUGAAUUCUGCUACGUGAAAUCGACUGAGUGCAGGCUCAUCUCGUCGAUGAAAACAUCUCUUCCAGGAAGAGACGAAGAUUAAUUCCUCAGGCUCUGAUCUCACUCAUGAACAAUCCAAUGCAGUGAGAUGCAUACUUUGGCAGCAAUUGAUGUGCAUGACAUUUUUUCAUCAGUAUGUAUUUUUCUUUUAGUUUCAUAUUCCAUUCAUGACUGAAAAAUCAUGAUGCAGGUGUUUUCAACAGCAACAAUUCCAUUCUUCAGAAUAAAAAAAAGAAUUUAUAAUUUUUCAUCCAAUUUUCGUAUUUCAUCAGUGUAUACAAUAAAAUAGUUUUAUGCAACUCAUGAAGAUUUGUACAAACAUUUAACAUUUAAGACGAAGUAUGUUCUUUAUUGUUAAUGUGCUCUGUUAAUACAUCUCGGAGGAAUUCUUGUCGUUCGGCCUCCUUGAACUUCGUCCACGUUGACAACAUGAUCUAAAAUAAUUGUAAUUGAUGUUUGAGCUGGUGGUUGACAAUAAUAAAUUGACAAAUGUCGUGUAA